AUGUCCAACCUCCUCACAAAAGGAUUCGCAGUCAAGGCCACCACCCUCGACGACCCCUCAGAGUGCUUCGGCGCCGUCCUCCAGGUCCUCAACGUCAAGAGGAUCUCCGCCGGCAGCGAAUCCGCCAUCGACAGGUUCCGUGCCAUUGUGUCUGACGGUGACCACUUUUGCCAAGCGAUGCUUGCCACCCAGCUCAACCAUUUUGUCGAGGAAAAGCUCGUGGACAAGCACACCCUCAUCAAAGUCAACAAUUUCUCCGUGAACAAUGUCGCCAACCGAAAGCUUCUCAUCAUCCUCGACAUGGAAGUCGUUCCGGGCGGUGGCGACGAGAAAAUCGGGUCUCCAGUCAGUAUCGAGGGCGCGUCAAAGUCUGCCCCUGCGCCUCAAGCCGCUGCUCCUCCUCCUCCUGCAGCCUCUCGCGCAGCCAACAACUCGCGGCCUGUUGCUGGCCGCUCGGGUUAUGGUAAGGGUUCCAAAACAGAAGCUUCCGCCCUGUACCCUAUCGAAGGACUGAGUCCCUACCAAAACAAGCAAGCGCGUGUUAUCCAAAAAUCCGACAUCAAGCACUGGUCAAACCAACGCGGUGACGGCAAGCUCUUCAGUGUCACCUUCAUGGACGAGACCGGCGAAAUUCGCGCGACUGGCUUCAACGAUGCCGUCGACAACUUUUACGACAAGCUUGAAGUUGGCAAAGUGUUCUUCGUCUCCAAGGCUCGUAUCAACAUUGCCAAGAAGCAGUUCAGCAAUGUCAACAACGAGUACGAGAUCAUGUUUGAAAGGGACACUUCAAUCGAACCUUGCGAGGAUGACACUGUUCCCCAGGUCAAGUACAACUUCAAGGGCAUCGGCGAGCUCGGAGAGCUGCAAAAGGAUGACUUGUGUGAUGUCAUUGGUGUUGUAAAGGACGUUGGGGAUAUCGGAUCCAUCACUUCCAAGAGCACCAACAAGCCCUUCGCCAAGCGAGACAUUCAGCUCGUCGACCAAUCUGGCCAGUCUGUGCGCCUCACUCUUUGGGGAAAGCAGGCCGAGUCUUUCCAAGGUGACGACCACCCCGUCAUCGCCUUCAAGGGUCUGAAGGUCGGUGACUUUGGCGGCCGAUCGCUUUCCAUGAUGAGCAACGCCACUAUGGUCAUCUCGCCUGAUAUCGCCGAGGCCCAUUCACUCCGAGGCUGGUUCGACGCCGAGGGCCAGAGCACCAGCUUCACUGCCUACACCAACUCGGGAAUCAGUGACGGAGCUGGAGCCAGUGCCAGCGUCAAGCCUACAGAGCUCAAGACCAUUGCUCAGUCCAAGGAGGAACAACUCGGCAUGUCGGAAAAGACCGACUUUUUCAGCACCCAGGCCACCAUUGCGUUUAUCAAGCAAGAACCGUUCUCGUACCCUGCAUGUGCCAACAAGGAGGGCUGCGCCAAGAAGGUUGUCGAGGACGGUGGCUCGUGGCGUUGUGAAAAGUGCGAUCGCAACUAUGAUGCUCCUAUCCACCGAUACAUUCUCAAUAUCAACGUGAUGGACCAUACCGGUUCCUUCUGGAUAACGGCGUUCAACGAGACUGCGGAGCAGCUCAUGGGUAUCAGCGCGAAUGACCUGAUGGCGUUGAAGGACGACGAGGAAGAGGGAGAAGGCAAAUUUGUGUCUUAUUUCGUCAGGGCGGUUGGGAGAACGUACAACUUGCAGAUGAUGGCCAAGCAAGACACUUUCCAGGCAAGUCGACACAUCAAUACGCGCGGGGCAAUGCUGACAAAGCUGGACAGGACCAAAAAGGUGGCUCUUCCCGACUAUGUCGGCGAGUCUGCCCAUCUGACAGAAUUGAUCAAGCAGAUGAGCGUCUGA